UCCUCGGUCUAGUCCGUCUGCUGCAAGGCGGACAAAACGACCGCGUGUGGAGCAAGCGGUAGAAGUUAACGGACGACUCACUUGGCCAAACCCAAGGACCCCUACACGCGCCACUUGCUUCUUCUUCUUCUUCCCACUCGGUCAUCUUACCUUAAUCAUCACAUUUCAUUCUCUUGUAUUUAUUUGUCAUUCCCCCCUCCAAAAUGACCCGUGGCCCGUUGGCGGUUGGGCUGCUGGUGGCUUUGUGCUUAAGCGGCGCGGUCGACUGCAAGACAAAGACCCCAAGGAACCGGGAAAGUAGGCAGAGUGGUCAGUACCGGGUGUUUCCAGAGCUCCACGACCAAUCGCCGGUGACUGCAGCCGGUUGCUCAGAAAACGGUCGCACUUACCGAGUGAACGACCGAUGGGAGAAAAUGUAUCAAGGAAACAAUCUGGUGUGCACCUGCAACGGGAGAGAGGGAAUCCACUGCAGGAGUAAAGUACAAGACCAGAACUCGUGCUACGAUACAACCAACCUCCAGACUUACCGCCUGGGUGAGACUUACGACCGGCCCAAGGAUGGGAUGAUCUGGGACUGCACAUGCGUCGCUGCAGGCAGAGUCAGCUGCACUAUUGCAAACCGGUGUCAUGAGGGCGGAAAGUCGUAUUUAAUCGGCAACACCUGGCAGAAGCCACACCCGACCGGGAACUACAUGCUGCAGUGCGAGUGUCUGGGGAACAACAAAGGGGAGUGGACCUGCAAGCCCGUGGCUGAGCGCUGCAAUGACAACUCUGCCGGCGCAUCGUACGUGGUGGGGGAGACCUGGGAGAAGAGCUACCAGGGCUGGAUGAUGAUGGACUGCACCUGCCUGGGGGAGGGCAACGGACGCAUCACCUGCACCACCAAGAACCGCUGUAACGACCCACAGACCCAGGGCACCUACCGCAUCGGAGAGAGCUGGACCAAGAGGACGGACAAGGGGGAGCUCCAGAGGUGCAUCUGCACUGGGAACGGACGCGGGGAGUGGAAGUGUGAGCACACCAUCCAAGGCAACGCCAUCGCCACCCCCAUCGGGACGCACCUCGGGACGGCGCUGGUGACCAGCCUGAGCGUCCACCCCGUCCCCCUGCCCCAGACCCCCGCCGAGGGCACCUGCCGCACCGACUCGGGCACCACGUACCAGGACGGCCAGCGAUGGGUACGCACCCAGGGCAGCAAGCAGCUGAUCUGCACCUGCCUGGGGAACGGCAUCAGCUGCCAGGACUGGGAUGCCCGAUCCCUAGUGUACGGCGGCAACGCCGACGGCAACCCUUGCGCAUUCCCCUUCACGUACGGCGGGAAGACGUACUACUCGUGCACGCAGGACGCGCGCACGGACGGACAGCUGUGGUGCUCCACCACCUCCGACUAUGACAGCGACCAGCUCUACUCCUUCUGCAGCGAGAAAUUCUCCAUGGUGCCGACGCGCGGCGGGAACUCAAACGGCGCCCUCUGCUACUUCCCCUUCCUGUACAACGGCCGCAACUACACCGAGUGCACGUCCGACGGCCGUCGCGACGGCAUGAAGUGGUGCAGCACGUCGCCAGAGUACCGGGACGACAGCUACGGCUUCUGUCCCAUGGCGGCCCACGAGGAGGUGUGCACCACCAACGACGGCUCCAUGCACCGCGUGGGCGACAAGUGGGACAAGCACCACGACAUCCUGGGCCACCUGAUGCAGUGCACGUGCCUGGGCAGCGGGCGCGGGGAGUGGAGCUGCAUCGCCUACACCCAGCUCAAAGAUCAGUGCAUCGUGUCCGGGAAGACCUACGACGUGAACCAGGAGUUCUACAAGCGCCACGACCUGGGCUACAUGAUGAACUGCUCCUGCCUGGGACAAGGCAAGGGGCGCUGGAGGUGCGACGCCGUCGACCAGUGCCAGGAACCAGUCACCCAGACCUUCUACCAGAUCGGGGAGAGCUGGGACAAGACGAACCAGGGCAUCCCCUACCUGUGCACCUGCCUUGGGAACGGAGCCGGAGAGAUGACCUGCGAGCCACAGCAGGGAGGGGUCAAUCAUCCCGUGAGGGUCACCAUCUCGGAGGCGGGGCGGCAGCCCAACUCGCGGCCCAUCCUGUGGAACGCCCCCCCCUCGGUCCACGUCACCAAGUACACCCUCAAGUGGAGAGUGGUGAGUGCCCCCCCCCCCCCCGCCCGCUGUUCCUCCGCCCUCUGUCCUGUUGUAUUCUCGUACUCUCUUUAGAGCGGUGUAACGUUU